AUGGUAUUACCUGACGAUGACAUUUACGAUGACCUUGAGAUCAUGUUACCUGGUCAUAGAAAAAGACUCGAACGAGCAGUAGUUCGCCUCCAGAAACAGUCACAGUCAAGUAACGAUGUGGAAUAUCCAGUGGCCUAUGGAAAAUGGAUGAAACCGAAUUAUUUGGAGUACGCCAAAUUCGAUUUCCUCUGCAUUGAUGCAACCAUUUUCUCAACGAAAGACAAAGGCCAACAGGAAGAAAUCGUUUUCAUGGUAGAUUCUGGCAGUGACGUAGUGACUCUGAGACCAGAAAUUGUCCAACGGCUGAACCUUGUGAAAAAGUGCACAGUACGAAGCCAAGGUGUUCAUGUAGCCAAAGAGAAGACGCUGUACGAGGCCAAACUGAAGAUUGGGUCUGUCGAACUGAAAAUUGAGUUGAUUCCAGAAGAGUAUAAUUCACUCGGAAACCGUGUUUUUCGACAUUUCCGCCAUUACAUCAACGGUUCGCGGCAUGUGUGGCUGAAGGGAGAUUACAUGGACCCUUCUAUGGAAGUCACAACUCCAGAACAGCAUUAUAACAAGGAAAAGUUUAACAAUCAAAGCGAUCUGGACGAUUCCACAAAACUGGAAACAGAACUAGAAACGGAAACCGCUUCAUCUUUAAAAAAUGAAUGUUACAAAACGCUGUGUAAAGAUUCAAAUUUGAUUGAACAAAGUCGAAGCAAAGAUGGAACAGAAGAGGAAAAUGAAGACGAAAAGAUGGAAAAUGCUAAACUUGGGGAAUCUUGUCGGUUGGAAAUCGGGAAAUGUCCUGAUAAAGAUACUGCUUCUGUAGAAAACUUUUUACCGUCAACUUCACCAAAGGACGAAUUGUCUCCGCCAGUGAAAACCAACCCAAAACAAUGUUUCUUCUCCAGAAAGAGACAACGUGCUACAAUUACUUCACAUUUUAAUAAAAAGGCACGCCGCAAAAUAAAACGCAACGACUAG